UCAACUUCAGAAAUGAAGGCAUCUGAUACCAGGUUGGAGAAGGGGAAUCUACAAUGAUCAUCAACUUAUUAUCUCUAUAAAUUCCUCCUUCAAGCUUAUCAUUCACCAAGAAUUACAGAUUUCCAAACUUAGCUUCCACCUGCAUCCUGAAAUGGGGAUUCGCAUUUCCCGUGGCAUACCACCAGCAGUCGUCGAAAUUCAUUCUACUGACCAAUGGAGUUCACAUUUGGAAUCCUCGAAGAAUUCUGACAAACUGAUGGUGGUAGACUUCUCAGCUUCUUGGUGUGGACCAUGCCAAUACAUGGAACCGAUUGUCAAAGAUCUCUCAACAAAGUACAGAGAUGUUGAGGUUGUCAAAAUCGAUGUAGAUGAGCUUUCGGAUGUUGCCAGUGAAUUCGGGGUUGAUGCGAUGCCAACCUUCGUAUUUUUUAAGAAGGGGAAAGAGGUUGACAGGCUUAUUGGUGCUAAUAAGGGUGAACUUAAGGAGAGAAUCUCAAAACACCGAAAUUAACAGAAAACUUAUUUACAAAUUUGUAAGAAAUGUAAUCAUUGUGUACCUUAUGAACUGGCUCACUGCAUGAGUAUUCUGCAGGAGAAGUUUUCUUUUUCGUUUCUUCGAUUGACUUGUAUAUUCUUGGUUGAUUCCGAAUUGAAAAUCAGUACCGAAUGCUGAUCGUACUUAAAGCUUGAUGUUAUUGAAGUAUCA